AUGACUGGUCUGAGGAGACAAGCCGCUGUGGCCAUCAGCCAGGAGCUGAGCAGACUGGCCUGCCGCAGCCCGGGACCCAGCACCUGGAUCCACCAGGUGCGCAGGAGGAGCUCCUUGCUCAGCUCGAGGCUGGAGGAGAAGUCCUUCAGCGAGAUGGAAAUGUCUUACGUCAAGCAAGGAGAGGAAGCCCUGCAGAAAUCCCUCAGAAUCCUGGAGGACCAGGAUGGCUGGAAGACAGAGACAGUGGCGGGAAACGGAGACAGAGUGCUGAGCAAGGUGCUGCCAGAUGUGGGGAAGGUGUUCCGGCUGGAGGUGGUGGUGGACCAGCCCCUGGAUGCGGUGUAUGGAGAGCUGGUGGACAAGAUGGAGCAGAUGGGAGACUGGAACCCCAAUGUCAAAGAAGUCAAGAUCCUGGAGAAGAUUGGGAAGGACACAGUGAUCACCCACGAGAAGGCAGCAGCAACCCCUGGGAACAUGGUUGGGCCGCGAGACUUCGUGAGCGUUCGGUGCUCCAAGAGACGUGGCUCCACCUGCGUCCUGGCUGGCAUGGCCACCACACACGGAGCGAUGCCAGAGCAGGAAGGGUUUGUAAGGGCUGAGAAUGGUCCUACCUGCAUGGUCCUGCGCCCACUGCCUGGCAGCCCCGGCCAGACCAGGCUCACCUGGCUGCUCAGCAUCGAUCUCAAGGGUUGGCUGCCCAAGACCAUCAUCAACCAGGUCCUGUCCCAGACACAGGUGGACUUCGCCAACCACCUCCGGCAGCGCCUGGCCCAGACAGUGCCCGUGACCUGCUGA